AUGCCAUUUGGUUCGCUCUCAGUAUCCAACGCGGCCAUUCCACAGUAUGCUCCUCCGUAUCCCGUGGAUGGCAGCGACUAUACAAGUGAAACUUUUCUCACUGUUACCUAUCAAACAUCGGUGCUAUGUGUGCGCCAUCUUGUGCCGGACAUGUUAGAGCUCGAGGAUGAGCCACAGGUAUCAGUAAUGAUUCUGCAGCACAAAAUGACCUCGUUCGGGCCAUACAAUGAGUACGUCCACUCGGUCAAGGUCAAAUACCACGGAGACACGUUUGACUACUUUCUUUCCCUCAUCGUAGACGACGAUGCACCAUUAUCACAUGGCCGCGAGCAAUACGGCUUCCCCAAGAAGUUGGGGAACGUGGUGUUAGAGUUGAAAACUGGAUCGACGGUCGUUCAUGGCUACGUGGAGAGACCUGCAGGUCAAAAGAUUGUUGAAGUUGGUUUCCAGCCUGAACAGAAAAUCAAGGGCACGGUCGAGAGAACGAUCCAUGGGUUAAAUUUGCGAGUCAUCCCCUCGGUGGUUUCGGGUCAGAGUCCGUCCGUCAAGGAACUGGUGCCAGUCGACAUCAGUAUGGAGGCAACCGAGAUCUGGCAAGGAUCUGGUUCUGUCAGCUUCCCAGAGCCAUCAAGGUUCGAUCCGAUGCAUGAAAUCAAAGUCCUUCGAUACCAAACAGCGACUCUGUUGCGGAAUGCAUCCCUUGCAAUGCCUCUGCCGACAAAAGUGUUCCAGCUAUAA